AUGUGCGCGCGACUUUUAGCAUGUCCUUUAUGCUCUCAACCUGGAUUUCUCACUUUGGAUGCUCUACGAACUGGCCUUGUUAGUGUCGCAACACGUCCCCUCGCCUGUCCAGUUUGCAAUGAAGUUUUAUUGGGAAUCGAUAAAUUGACAAUUCACCUAUUUGGUCAUACAAUAAAUACGAAUAAUUUGAAUGUGAAUCAAAGUAAUGUUCAAAUUUUACAUAAUAUUCAAGCGAUACCAGUGCAAACGUGGAAUAUUUUAAAAGCACAAAAUUUACCCGAACUCACUGAGAAGACAACAUUCGAUCGACAAAAGCAAGAAUCGUUUAUUUUAAAGGACAAUGAAAUGAUAAUUAAUUCGCAUAUUUCUCACGAUGAUCAAAAUAAUGAACCAAAACAAGUGAUUUUUCUUCAAAAUAUGACCACUGAUCAAAUUUAUCCCACGAGUUGUGGAUUUUCGAAAAAUCCACCACAAAAAAGAAUUGAAAAACAAAUUGUCAAUUCCGAGUCGCAUGAAAUUAAUUCCCUGGUGCAAAGUAGACAGAGUUUAGUUAGAAAUUCGAAUUUAAAUCCAGACAAUGGGAAUUUAAUUCCAAGUGGGAAUUUAAUUCAAGAAAACAAGAUUCAAAGUAAUUUAGUUGAAAACUCAGUUUUGACUCAAGAUACAAAUUUAUUUGAAUCCAGUGUUAGUUUACUCCAAACUAAUUCGAUUUUACCGAAAAAUUUGACUUCGUCACAGAAUAAAUCGAAUUUGGCUCCAACAAACACUUUCGGUGGUACAAAUUUACAACAAAAUUCCAAUUUUCUUCCGAACAAUCUUCAGGAAAAUUCGAAUACACUGGGGAAUGAUUCAAACGAAAAAUCACUAAAUCUACAAGUGGGAACAAUCAACAAUUCGUGGAUUGAAAAUAAUUCAGGCACAACGACAGCAACUGGAAAUUUGAAUGAAAUAGAGGAAAUUCCGAUCGAAGUAAAUGAAAGUGAAAAAAAUUCGAAUAAUGAAAAUAAUGCGCGAGAUUGUGAGAAAGGAAAAACGGAGGAAGUGGAAAAUGAGGGGAAGGAAAAAUCGCAGGAUCCAAUUUUACCUUAUUUGAAAGCCUUUCGAUUAUUGGCAUCGAAUGAGAAAAUGGAACGAUGCAAUAUUUGCGGUUAUCGAUGUGAUGACAGGAAAAUUCUCAUUCUUCACAAGCAAUUAGUUCAUAUGAUCGCGGAGAAAGAUAUGAACGUCAGGCCCGAAGACUUAUUGAAAAAUUAUCCUUGCCAUUUGUGUACAAAAGUAUUUAAAAUGAGAGGCAGUCUCAUGGUUCACAUGCGAGUCGCACACACUAAUUAUAAUUCAGGUUGUUUGACAAUCGAUCCGGAAUUAUCACCAAACAACGAAAAUGGCUACAAUUGUCCAAUUUGUGGAAAAAAUUUCAAAAAGGAACAACAUGUGACGCAGCAUUUAAAGACACACGACGGCAAACAAUGGGAAUGUGAUAUUUGCAGUAAAAUGUUUACUACAAAGUAUUUUUUGAAAAAACACAAAAGACUUCAUUCAGGCGAAAUGCCAUAUAAAUGUAAUAUUUGUGAUAAAACAUUCACAUUUCAACAAUCAUAUCACAAGCACAGACUGUAUCAUAAAGAUGAUAAACCACACACUUGCAAUACUUGCGGAAGAUCAUUUAAGGAACUCUCAACUCUUCAUAAUCAUGAAAGAAUACACACGGGGGAAAAACCGUUUGCCUGUGAAACUUGUGGAAAAUGUUUUCGACAACGAGUCUCCUAUUUGGUACACCGACGAAUUCACACUGGUGUGAUGCCCUACAAAUGCACAAGUUGUGGAAAAUGCUUCAGAUAUAAAGUAAGCCAAAGGACUCACAAGUGUCAAAUACCAGCGGAGAAUUUAUCCCAAAAUUCCGAAAUUCUAUUUCAACGAUUGCUGCAAAUUUCCGAGCCAAAGGAGAAAAAUAACGAAUUGCUUGAAGAGGAGACACAACGAAUUGAGGCAAAAUGCAGCGAACGGAAUAAAUUUAUUCUAUUAAUGAAUGAAGAAGGCGAACCAAUUCUAACACGACAAUCCGAUUUAAACAAUGCCAAAGAAAAAGAAAUACCAACGGAAUCGAUAAACAAAGAAAAUUCCAAAAAAGAAGAAAACCUUUGGAUUCAAGAGAGAAAUAACGUAAAUUCGUCAAAUUCACUGAAGGAACAACAUGUUGAUAGGGAAAAAUUACAAUUGGAAGUUCCACAAGAUAUUUUUUCCAUGAUGUUGUUGCCCAGUGAAAAAGAUGCGCCAACACCGUCUACAGAAAUGGAGCACUUGAGACUUUCGAGUCCAAUUCAAAAGGAAAGUGAAAUUAUCGAAAAUUACAAUGAUAAUCAUAAUAAACUGGAAAUAAUGGGAAUAAGUCGGGAAAAUAUUCGCGAAAGAUUUGAAAAUAAUAUUGCCAAUUCAUUACGAACAAUAGACGAUGCAUCGUUAAGUGAAUUGAUCUACGGAAUUAGUCAAGAAUAAUUAAUAGUAAAUUAUAGUAAAUUUUUAUAAAAAUAAUAUAAAGAAAAAUAUACUUUUUCUAUAAUUAAGUAAUUUUCAAUUUUCGAAAGUAAUUCUAGUCACUGACAAAUAUUUUCAAAUAAAUUAUUCUUAUCUCUAUUAUUCUUUAUCUUGACUAAGUAUUCCAAUUUUUUUGGACAGAAAUUUAUUCUAAAUGUCAAGUAAUAACAGUAAAUAACGUUCAUUUUGAAAAUAAAUCUAAUUUUAAUCCUUAUCCAAUUGCAAAAUACAGUACAAAACAUUUAAUUUAUAUUAUAAUUGAAAUUAAAAUUUUCUAUCAAUAUCGUUUGGAAAUUAUUCAAAAAGAAAAACUCAU